UGACACUUCUGGGAUGUGUACGACCAGUUGGUGGGAUUUGUGAUUUGUGUGGUGUCUGGAAUCAAACGAGUUUGUCUCCACCGAUACCGGCAACGUUGUUGUGUGAGACCUUAGUGGUGAGUCAUGCCUACUUGAGGUUAGCCACAGCUCGUCGGUCGUAGCAGGGCGCUAAGGAACACAUGUUUACAGCAUGGACUUGUCGUUUUCAAGGUCACAGAAGAGUAUCAACAUUGGCAUCUAUACACAGCGACAUGAUAUCACCAACACUUUGCGUUAGAGGCUAGGGAUGCAUCCAGAGACAUAUUUAAACCUUUGGCUGAUGCUCCUACGGUUUGUGUCCUCGUCAGUUAAGCUGGUAAAUUAUUUAGGCUUCAGGGGAAAAAACAAAAAAAUAUGGCACCAACAUGAUUCGAGCCCUCUACCUCCCUCACCCUGGCCUACGGAAUGGUCUGGUAAUCCAGCUUUAUCUUUUAUUGUUUUUGGGUACCUUGACGGACAUGGCAGGAGAAAAAACGGUACCGGUCAACAUCAGCAAAAAUUUACCAAAAAAAUUGGUAGCGUCUCUUUGAGUAGCGUGUCAUCCUUAGUGCAGGGGCCAUGCUAAUCUUCUCUGUAUCGUUUCAACUGUUGGUUUCAUUAGCAUCACAUCAUACCGCUUGACCACGAAACCGACGGGCAAACUUACAUUGACCAAAUUGCCCCGAAGGGCGAAAAUGCAAGCAGAACCUGGCCACUAUAAACCCCGUUUCAGAACCCUCUAGGCGCUACACACUGCAAACUGCACACGCUACAGCGCGCUCCUAACACCUGCAGCUGGCGAUCGGCGCCGGUGCACCUGCCAUGCGUCCACUGGGCAAUUGAUCGUCGGGCGCACAACCCACAGCCGAGGGAAAAACGCAAAAAUAAAAAAUCCUGUAAAACAACCUCUCGGGAUGACAGCCCAGGGCAGAUGCAAAACGCACGAGCCUUGUUCUUGAGAUGCGCAGGAGAAACGGCCGGCUGGAAGCACACUGAUACAACCUUCGCGCAAGACAACAACAACAACAACAACAACAAAAGAGGAAACAAGGCAAAAGACGGUUCACGGGAAUUGAGA